AUGGCGUCCCCGGGUGGUGGCUCCCUCGGCCUCUUGCUCUGGCUCCUGCUCUUCCAGCCGCGGCUCGGUGGGGCGCAGGGCGGGUCGGCGCCGUCCCCACCCUCGCCGUCCCCCUCGGGGGGCGGCCGCGAGGACCGCCGCGAGAGCGUGUCGAGGGUUGCGGGAUCUUCUGCGACCCCCGUGCCCCAAGAGGCUGCCGCUUCCCCGCAGAUGGCGGCGGUCACCCCAGUUGACCCUGGUUCCUACAGGGCUGCGGCCAGUCCUCAGCCAGCGGCAAGGUCGCUGUUUCCCGCAGGAUGUGGCCACAGGUCUAUGAGGAUAGUUGGUGGAAUACCCGCCCCAGAGAGGAAGUGGCCCUGGCAGGUGAGCCUGCAGAUCAAGGAUAAACACACGUGCGGAGGCUCCCUCAUUGCCAGCCGGUGGGUGCUGACCGCUGCCCACUGCAUACUUGGCCACGUGGAGUACACCGUGAAGAUGGGAGACAUCCACGUGAACCAUACCUCCAGGAUGGCCAUCCAGGUGCCGGUCCGGGACAUCGUUAUUCACAAAUAUUACAAUCCUGUUGGAAGCGUUGAGAAUGACAUUGCCCUCAUCCUGCUGGAGUUCCCUGUGAAUUUUUCCUCGCACAUCCAGCCCGUGUGCCUCCCUGAAAAGAUGUUCAUGGUGGAAGCUGGUAUGGAGUGCUGGGUGACUGGAUGGGGAAAACGAAAAGAAACAGAUAAACCCGAAGAUGCUCCGGAACAACUUCAGGAGGCCAAGCUAAACGUUGUACGUUACGAGGAGUGCAAUAGGGCACUCAAGGAACAGAUGGAAAGUGGUAGUGACUUAGUGAGAAAAGGGGCUGUCUGUGGUUACAGUUCCCGAGGAAAGGACACCUGCCAGGGAGAUUCUGGGGGCCCCAUGGCCUGUGAAUUUAAUGAAACAUGGGUCCAGGUGGGGAUUGUGAGCUGGGGCUUUGGCUGUGGUCGCAGAAAUUUUCCCGGAGUUUAUACAGAAGUUAGUUUCUACAAGGACUGGGUCAUUGAUCACUUGAGUCAGGCUUGCUGUUGGGACUCAGCAGACUUCUUCAUACUUCUGUGCGUGGUGCUGCCCCUGGGCAUCCUGGUGGCCCCGUGA